AUGGCGGCUCCCGGAGCGGACCCCUGGGAUUUGGGGGUGAUCGGGGGGUACUUCCUGCUCGUCAUGGCCGUGGGGCUCUGGUCCCUGCGCAGGCGCGGUGGGCGGAGCCUCUCCGGGUAUUUCCUGGCCGGACGCAGCAUGAGCUGGGCGCCGGUGGGGGCGUCGCUCUUCGCCAGCAACAUCGGCUCCGGGCACUUUGUGGGGCUGGCGGGGACGGGGGCGGCCGGAGGCAUCGCCGUGGGAGGCUUCGAGUGGAGCGGCAUGUUCAUUGUGCUGCUGCUGGGCUGGGUGUUAGACUGUGGGCGUGUCCAGGUGAGCACCAUGCCCGAGUACCUGGGCCGGCGCUUCGGGGGGGGGCGGAUCCGGCUCUACCUGGCGCUGCUGUCCCUGGGGCUCUACGUCAGCACCAAGAUCUCGGUGGACAUGUACUCGGGCGCGCUGUUCAUCCGCGAGGCGCUGGGCUGGGACCUGUACGGCUCCGUGGGGGCGCUGCUGGGCAUCACCGCCCUCUACACCGUCACUGGCGGGCUGACGGCGCUCAUGUUCGCGGACCUGGUGCAGACGCUGAUCAUCAUCGCGGGAGCGUCCGUGCUGGCCGGAUACGCUCUGGGCGCCGUCGGGGGGUACCAGGGCCUGCUGGAGCGUUACCCCCUGGCUCUGCCCCCCAACUCGUCGGGACCCUGCGGGCGCCCCCGGCCCGACGCCUUCAACCUCCUGCGGGACCCCAGCACGGGGGACCUGCCCUGGCCGGGGCUGCUGCUGGGGCUGGGCAUCAUCUCGGCCUGGUACUGGUGCACCGACCAGGUGAUCGUGCAGCGCUGCCUCGCCGGCCGCUCCCUCACCCACGUCCGCGCCGGCUGCGUCGUCUGCGGCUACCUCAAGGUGCUGCCCAUGUUCCUGAUGGUGCUGCCCGGCAUGGCCGCCCGCGUGCUCUUCCCGGACGUCAUUGGCUGCGCUGACCCCCAGGGCUGCUCCCGGGCCUGUGGCUCCGCCCUCGGCUGCUCCAACGUGGCCUAUCCCCGGCUGGUGCUGAGCCUGCUGCCCCCCGGGCUGCGGGGGCUGAUGCUGGCCGUGGUGCUGGCGGCGCUGAUGUCGUCGCUGGCCUCGAUUUUCGCCAGCUCGGCCGCGCUCUUCACGCUGGACGUUUACCGGAAGCUCCGCCCAGGGGCGGGGCCUCGGCACCUGCUUUUGGCGGGAAG